AUGCGUUAUUUCAUAUUUUAUCCGCCAAGUCAAUCAUUAAGAUUAAUUGAUGUUACCGAAGAUGAUUGCGUUGAAAAUACACUUAUAUCAAUUAAACAAGAAUUCGAUCUUAAAGUUUACGAUAAUGGUUCAUCUGAUAAAUCAGUUGUGCUUAAUUAUAAUGGUUGUGAUCUUAAACCAAAAUGGACAUUUGGCGAUUUAAAUAUUCCAUCAGGAGCAAUUAUUCGUUGUGUAACACGACAACAACAAGCAGCUGAUCUUUAUAUUCAUUGUGGAUUUAAUAAACAAAUACUAAAAUUAUUUGAUUCAUCAAUUACAAUUGGGACAACAAUUGGUACAAUAAGAAAAAAAAUUUCGGAUAAAAUAGGUUUACCAUUAAGUACAUUUUGUCUUGAAAGUUAUGAUGGUAAACAACGUUUAUAUGAUGAUAUGAAAUUAAUGACUUAUGAUAUUAAAGUUCAUGAUCAUGUUUAUUUGAAAGUAUGGCAAGGUUAUGAGAAAUUUAUCAAUUCUUGUAUCAAAGGUUUUACAGAACAUUUUUCUCAUGAUGAUGUCAUUCGACAUUAUCAAUCACAAAUCGCAUUAUAUGUUGCUGCUUUCUAUGGUCAUUUGGAUUUGGCUAGAUCUGUUAUAGAACAAGGUGCACGAAGUGAUCGUCCUGUAGGUGAACAUCCAUCUCGUCAAUGGUCUUUGGAAACUAGUACUCAAGCUUUACCGGAAAUGCUAAAAUGUCCUAUUCAUAUUGCCGUUGAACGAGGCCAUAUUAAAAUGGUUGAUAUUUUUGUUCGACAUUCAGUUUUAUGUACACAAAUACGAGAUCCUACUACACACUAUUUGCCUUAUCAAUUGGCAAAUGCACAUUUAUUGUCAGCAAAUACAAAAGAAGAAAAACAACGUUACAGUGAAAUUUAUUAUUAUUUAAAAAAUAAGCAAUUUAAUUUGAAAAUACCAUUGACUGCUAGUGGUGAAUAUGUGACACAAUUGUUAACAUCAUCGACGUCAGUAAGUUCUAAUCCAGUGUUUGCGCUGUCAGCAUUUUUUGGUCAUAUUUCAUUAUCAAUGUACUGCAAAAUUAUAAGUUGGUACGAACGAGCUCGUGAAAAAGUAUGGAAAAGAACCGGUGGACACCUCUUCACAGCAUCGCCAGCGAAACGUAUUUAUCCCGUAACAGGUUUACUCGGCUAUAAAGUAUUAAUUGAUGGAUAUAAUAAUAAAUUUGAAGUACCAGUAGAACAGCUUCGAGGUGCACGUUAUAGCGGUACGAAUAAAUCGGAUCAUUUCGAUCAUUACGUUGGUUUUAGUGAUGAAGAAAGACAAAAAAUUAUUCAAACGAAAGCAUAUAUUAAACAAUUUGCAUUAGACGAACGAAGACGUGCUAAACAAAUUGCUCGUGCACGUCUUCAACAAGCACGUCAAACACCUACGUCACUACCUCGUACAUCAGCAGAUUUACAAAAGCAUCGAACGAUAACAAUAUCAGAAGAUGUUUCAUCGUCAUCAGAACUUUUCAUGGGUCAAUAUCUAGCGUCGUUUUCAGCAACAAACACAAAAGCUAUGAAACCUAUUGUUGAACUAGAUAAUUCAUCAACAACUACUAGUUUAUUACAAUCAACAGUCAUUAAUCCUAAUCGAUCUGACACAUCUCUUGAAUCAAAAGAAAAAAUGAAAAAAACAUCAAAAACAAGUCAAGUAGCACCAUCGUCGACAGUUGUUAGCGAAGAAAAUAAACAUAUAUUACCGAGUAUUGUGUCGACAACAACCAAUAAAUUGGAAAUAGUUGCUCAUACAACUAAUACACAAGCUUUUCAACCAAUGAUGUCAUCCGCUGAUGCUUAUAUAUUAUCAUCAAGUCGUAUCGCUUUGGAUACUGCAGCAACUAAAGCAACCAGAACAUAUGAAUUAUAUCAACAAAAUGAACAAUCGCCACAACAAGAACAGCACUCUAAAGAUGCGUCACGUUCAGUUCCUGUUCAACGUGCUCCAAUGCUUGAUCUUGAUUCACAUAUACCUUUACCAGAUCAUCCAAAAACUACAUCUUUUGGUCCAAUAAAAUCUCGUAUUGAUCUAGAAAUUCGUCAGUCAACAUUGCAAUCGUAUGAACGUUAUUCAAGUGCAACAACACGAUCCACAGCUAUUCAAUGUUUAGAAGAAGCGUCGUUUUUCAAGAAAAAAACAUGGAUUAAAAAAGUUGAAAUAAGUAAAGAAAUGCUUAAACAUAAAGUUCAACAACGAAUGCGUCGUGCCAUUGAUGAAACAAACAAAAUGCCAGUGUUAACAACAUGUCAAUCAGCGAUCACCAAACCAUCACAUAAUUCAAAUACCAUUAAAGUUAAUUAA